ACUGAUUCAUUUUCCUUUUUUUUUUACUCCAUCAUCAUUUCCUGUCUGUCUCCCCCUUAAACUGUCGAGGCUCAGCGUAUUUUCUUUCUUUCCUUUCUCUUCCUUGCCACUUCCACCUGGCCACAACUUUCCUCUUCUGCGACUAGUGCCCAAAUACAUACAGGGAUCAUCAUGCCAUCCACCCCUGUUCGUCCUCUCUCCAAUCACUUGGUAAUCAACACUCACAAUCUCUCUCAGGCACAUAAUCGAGGCUCUCCCCGAUCAGCUAAUGCCAACAAUGCAAUGUCAUUUAAAGAUCCUCAUCGUCCACCAGUGGAAAAGCGCCACAGCUUUGGACCAGGUUCAGGGCAUGGAGGCAUUAAUGGUGGUAGUGCUGGGGGCAAUGGCUUCUUCCCAACCCAUUCGCAUCUCGGACACGGGCACUCUCGGCCACGCAACAGCCUCACCUUGACUCUCCUCCGCAUCCUCGCUUCCAUGCCGGGGUUCCUGGGGUUAGUUUACAGUCUCUCAACUGCCCAGGACAGUGACUUUUUGGAAUUACAACGUAACAAGUAUCGAGAAUCAUCCUACCGUAGCUCGAGUGAUGAAGUACCGUUAACAAGCUCUGACUUUUUGGUCGCAAGCACACAUUGCGGCCUGUCCAUGUUUUGGGCAUUCUUACUCACAACAGCACUAAUUCAACGACUUCUUCAGUCAUAUCGUCAUUCAAAUGUCGUCUUGAGGAUUGCGCUGGCGCAUCUUCUCAGCUGGGUUGUCAUUGGAAUCAUCGUUACCUCUAGGCCUGUUACUGAACCGACACGGCCUUGGGUUCUCAUUACUUUUGGUCAAGGCCUUCUUCUAUUAGUUAUUGUUUAUCUUCCAUGGUUCAAAUCGCAAAUUCAUGCAGCAGGCUUUCCAAAGCUUUCAGAACGGCUUGCGAAUCAUGCCAUUGAGGACGGAUUCAUGGGACGGGAGAUCAAUGGACAUUCAGCAACUCGCUUUUUGGUUGUACCCUUUGUAAUAGUGGCUCUUUGUUCGUGGAUGCUGAUCAUUACACGUGGCAAUGGCUAUUUGCAAGAUCGAAGUCAAAACGGGAUCAUGAGUGGCUCAAUAGACCAGUCGCCCAGUGGAUAUUCACCCUCAAGUGUUGCUGGUUCGUUCUUGAAGGAUAUUGACCGCCAGGAAGACAGUCGUAUGGUGAUUUCUAUGAUCGUUCUCUCAUCCUCCACAGUUCAGGGAUAUCUCAAUCGACAACUUUUCCGUGAAACGACCUUGAAACUCUUCCCGAGCCCACGCAACAAGGCUGUAGUCGUGAAAUAUCGCUUUAUCAUUGGCAACUCUGGACCAGAGCUCGAACGUGAACUGGAGCAGGAGUAUAAGCGAAUGGGAGACCUCUUGAUUGUCUCUGCGCCGGACAGACCUGACACCAAGAGUCAAAAGUUGUACAAAGCUAUUGAAUGGGCUAAUCAAUUUGAUUUCGAUUACUUAGUCAAAACUGAUGAUGAUGUUUUCGUCAGGAUGGACACUUUAUCAGGGGAGCUUUACAAACAGGGCAGGAAGCCAUACUUUUGGAAAGGACUCGUCUUCAAAAAUGUCCCCAACACACGCCUGGAUGACAUGGAUCUAAAAGAAAUACCACCAUUCACGGACGGCACAUUGAUAACGCUUUCUCGUGAUAUUGUCCGCCUUUUGGCUGUUCCUGCUCCUCGCUUCUUUGUCGCGAGUAGUGCUCAAUCUCUUGGUAUCUGGUUGCAUGGUUAUGGUAUCAAACCCCAACAUGACACUCGCAUUCAACCCGGCGCAUUCGUAUGCGAAGAAGAUUUGAUCGCCAAACACUUUGAUAAUGAACCGAGUCUUCUGCGCCAUCCUCGUGAAGAUCCUAUCAAAAUGCUUGAGCGUAUUAACCGUAUUCGAGCUGAGCUGAAGGAAAACAAAAACAACCGCAACUUUCAGACGUCCAUUUCAAUUUGUGAUCCACUUAUUCAGAAGCGAUGCGCUAUGUGCUAUUCAUGUAGAGGACGCGCCUCUAAUUGGAAGUUGAUGGGCUUCGACUGUAAACAAGGGGGUGUUGUCGUAGGAGACAAGUACAGGAAGCCCGAGUUGGUGGAUGCUAAACAGAUGGAUGAGUUGCUUAAUAGGCCAUCUAGUGGAAUUUCGGAAGAAUUGGGUCCUGUCACCUUGAAGGAUUACCGACCAGAAUCAAGGGCUCGACAACAAUUACAGUCAUCGAAUCAGGGUGGUACUGGCCCCAUAAAUAAUGCAGAUAUUGGUACAAGCUCUGAAGAAACGCUUGAUAGUAAUGAUCAAGAAGAGGAAAGAGAGGAUGUUCCUAGUGAUGGAGAAACAGAACUAUCUCAAGAUGAAGUCGUAGAGCCGCAAGAUGAAGAGACGCUGACUGUUCAGGAUGAUGAAGUCUUGGAUGACUCUGAUAACGAGAACGAACAUCACGAUGAAUCAGAAAUUUCCAUCUCUGAUCAGGUAGUGGACUACCUAGACCGCCGUCAUGAUGAAGACCAACUUUCUCCUCCGCUCGACCCUGUGCGCUCCAGUAGGAAAAAGUCCACUUCCAAGGUCACCAAAUGAUUUUUAAUUUGUCUUAUCAUCAAU